AUGAUUUUAUCUGAAAGAAACAAGGCUAACAUGUAAUUGCAUAGAAAAUAUAAGCAAAUCUCAUUAUCUUAGGUUUUAAAGAAACCACUUAUAAUAAAAUCCUUACCACCGAUAUUUGUUACCUCUGUUCAGAAAUCACUGAAGAGCAAUUAAUAAAAAUCAGAAAAUUGUUAAUCUCAAAGACUUUCCUAACCAUCUAUUUUGAAUAAAUUUAAUAGCUUUGGAGCAAUUGGAUAAUUAUGUACACCUUCUGAAAAAUAUCCUAAAUAAUAGCAAAUAGUUUUAUUGAGCAGUAAAAAAUUAGACAUUCGAGAUAAAACAAAAUAAACUAGUUAUAGAAAAAUAAAUGUUAAACCAUUAUAGAUUUUAACAAAGAAAUGUUAUACAGAGGAAGAAAUUGAAAUUGAUAAAGUCAAUAAAUGGUCUUAGACUACAUUUGAUGAAGAUUAACUACUUGAAUAUUUGAAUAAGUGA